AUGCUGAGGUGGAGUAAGUGUUUGAAUACAGCUUGGGAUCGCCAAACUAACCAAGGCAGCAUCAUCGCCGUGCACGGCCUCGGUUCAAAUGUCGACUGGUCCUGGACUUGGAAGGGUGGCGGAGAGCGCGUCGACUGGCUUCAAGACCCCGACAUGCUGCCCGCCAAGAUACCCAAGUCGCGGAUCAUGGUGUAUAAUUACGAGUCGCGGUGGCAUGUGGACGCCCCGAAAACGCGCCUUCAGCUCUGCGGCGAGGAGUUCAUACACGCUUUGCACUCCUUCCGCCGCGGCACCUCCAAGCGCCCAAUUGUCCUCGUCGGCCAUAGCCUAGGUGGAAAUGUCAUCGUCCAUGCCCUUCUAUAUGCUAGCGACAGGGUAGAGUAUAGGUACUUGUCGGAGGCAACGGCAGGCGUUGUGCUGUUAGGCUCACCUCUUCGGGGCACAAAGUGGCAACCCUUCCUCGAUUCUCUCGCGCAGCUGAUGGGAUCGGCAGGCUCGCACCGCGGGAUCACCAAAGAACUCGGCUUCGACGGACCUGAGCUGCAGGAUAGACUGCAUCGCUUCUGCCGGCUUCGAAACACCCUGUCAACGCCCGUCUCCUGUUUCUUCGAACUCUUCGAAACGGACUAUGGGCGCAGGUUUGGACUGAGCGGGGUGGCAAGAGGAAUGAUCGUGGAAGAGGCGUCUGCUUGCAUCCCAGGCCUCGACAGAUACGCCCUUCAAGCGGAUCACUUGAAGAUCAAUAAGUACCGUGGUCCCACAGACCGCGGAUUCUUGAGCGUGUCAGGGGUGAUCGUCGAGAUGUGCGCCAACGCGAACGACGUCGUCACGCGUCGGCAAGAUCGUGAGUCACAACUGACAGGUUGCCAAGACGCACUGAAGCAGAAGCCCGACGCCGGUGCCUGUCUACGUGACCUAUUCUUGACCGACCCGCUAGACGACAGAAAGGCGCUGAAACGCAAGAAGGGAGAUCGCGCUUCAGGCUCCUGCGAGUGGAUCCUCGGCACCGAAGAGCUUACCACCUGGCUUGGUUCCGAUCGGAUAGGCCGCUCGGAGGGCCCCUCGACCCAGGUUCUUUGGCUACAUGGGUACCCGGGAACAGGGAAAUCUACUACAGCUAUCUUCCUUACUGAGGAGCUGUCGAAAGUAUUUGCUACUACGGAUCGGAAAACGUUAGCAUACUUUUUCUGCGACUCUGGAUUCGAUACGCGAAGAACGGCCAUGUCAGUCGUUAGGGGGCUUCUCCUCCAACUCGUUCAGCAGCACCCACAGCUUCUUGACUAUGUUUCACCAAAGUAUAACGAGCGUGGAAUGGCGUUGUUCACCUCAUUCGACGCUCUUUGGACCAUAUUUAUGAAUGUGGCGGCGGACAAACACACCGGCGCAAAAUACUGCGUUAUCGAUGCGCUGGACGAAUGCGAUCGGGAAUCUCAAGUCACCCUGUUGCAACAGCUCAAAGAAACGUUUCAGAGCCAGCAUGUGCCGCCCAAUGUCUUUAUCCUGGUUACCAGUCGGCCGUAUCCCGAGAUACGCCAAUAUAUGGGAGGAUUUGCCAACAAGGACUUAGCUUCCUACCCCGAGGUAAAGCAAGACAUUGGACGAUGCAUCAAGGAAAGAACAACAGACCUGGCCACAACCAAAUACUACACUGAUAAAGUCCGAACACAAGUCAGCAAUAUUUUGACAGAGAAAGCUGACGGUACUUUCCUCUGGGUUGGCUUAGCCUGUAAGGAGCUUGAGGAUGUCCCUUCAAAGGAUGCUGUCCGAGUGCUGGAAAGUAUACCUAGAGGGCUUACUUAUCUUUACAAGAGGCUUCUCGACACAGCUCUAGAACACAACGCUGGAGCCGACGGACUUCAGCGUAUCCUGAACUGUGUUGCAGUUUGUGUACGGCCACUGAGUGUAUUAGAGCUCUCUGAAGCUUGCGAACUUCACUUGGACGAGGACGACGAGCAGACCCGGAUUCAGUUCACCCGAGAUCAAAUUGAUUCCUGUCGGCUUAUAGUGGUCAUUCAGGAAGAAAAGGUACUUUUACUACAUCAGUCAGUAAAAGACUUUCUGACAGGGCCCGAAGCCGGCCGUUUCAUCGACGAGCUAAAGGCACACGCCGAUCUUGCUUACCGCUGCGUGGAUCUCAUCAAAGAGUUU